UUUCUAUUUUCGCUCGACUGCAAAACAGUAACUGUAUUUAAAUAAAAACGAUUGGUUAUCAACCGAAUGUCAGAUGCAAAUAUGAACGGUUUGGCCGUUGGUAGCGGCUUGGGCAACUAAAAGAAAUGGGAUGCACAGGAAUAAAGUUGCCGUUGAUCCUCUAAUGAGAUGUACUAACUCAAUGUAUAAGCCACUGCAGCUCAACAAGUUAUGCAGGAGGCGGCGCAUAGGACGGUUGGAUCAUUUCCAACUGACGAAGAUUAUUAUUAAAGUGCCCCAGUAGACCGGGGCUGCCUUCCUGCCUCAAUCGGCCAUGCGCCCUCCGAUAUGGUGUGAACGAAUGAAUAAACGAGGCGUUGCGGAGCGCUGUUAGCCAAUGCGGAUGUUCCUCAUACACAACGAUAGCGAGUGGGAUAGUAUGUCGCCGAGCGGUCAUGUACUGACAAUUGUCCUGUUUCGGUCCGGACUUCCACAGGGGGAAUGAGUAAUUGCUAUGCUAUGUGGUCAUUGAAGGAGGCGGGUAUCUCACAGACAUCCGGAAUCCAUCGCGGAAUCCCACAGCUGUACCGCGGCGCUGCGAGUCAAAGCGGCCCGCUUUAGGAGCUCCUACCGCGCGUCGUUAUGCCAUUCCUGACGCGGUUUAUGGAGGAUUACUGUACGAGACAGCCGUGCGUCAUUUCGUGCCUUGAUUGAUACACGUUUUUCCAUAAUAUGGCCGAUCAGAGCAACAUUCAAUCCGCCGCCUCCAAAAGCAUCAGGCCGUUCAAGUCCAGCGAGGAAUACCUGUAUGCCAUGAAGGAGGAUCUGGCUGAAUGGCUGAACACGCUGUACGAUCUGGACAUCACGGCGGACACUUUUAUGGAGGGUCUGGAGACCGGCUGCGCGCUCUGCCGGCAUGCCAACAACGUGAACCGCGCCGCCCACGACUUCAAGGCGAAGUAUCCAGAUGCGGCGCUUUUGUUGCGGAUACCCAGCAAGGACGUGGUCUUCCAGUCGAGGAACGUCAUACCGGGAUCGUUUUUGGCCAGAGACAACGUGUCGAACUUCAUCGGCUGGUGCAGGCAGGAGCUCUGGAUCAAAGAUGUGCUCAUGUUCGAGACCAACGACCUGGUGGAGAGGUGUAACGAGAAGAACUUCGUGCUGUGCCUGCUGGAGGUGGCUCGCCGGGGGGCCAAAUUUGGCAUGCUGGCCCCCAUGUUGAUUCAACUCGAGGAGGAGAUCGAGGAGGAGAUACGGGACCAGGAGAACCUGUCGGAGGCUCUGGGGGAGUCGCAGAGCCCGCCGAGCAGGACGUACAGCCGCAAGGAGAGCAUCGGCGAGCCAGAUCCAAAGCUGUUGGCCCGCUGGCAGGAGCAGCAAAAGAGAGUCCUGCUGGAUAUGCGCAACCUGGACGAGCUGGUUCGGGAGAUUCUGGGCCAUUGCUCCUGUCCAUCACAGUUCCCCAUGACCAAAGUCUCAGAAGGGAAGUACAAAAUCGGAGACUCCAGCGCACUCAUCUUUAUCAGGGUGUUACGGACUCAUGUGAUGGUGCGCGUGGGUGGAGGAUGGGACACACUUGAGCAUUACCUCGACAAACAUGAUCCCUGUCGCUGCGCUGCAUUCGCUCACCGGUAUCAGCAGGCCAAAGCGAGUGGCCAGGGUCCUCACAGUAAGAGCUCCAGUACUCACUCCUCCCGCUCCACAAGCCCUGGACCUCACUGGCGCAAUGAGAGCAUGGCACCCUACAAAACCCCCGAUAGGCGCUCUUUGGACCCUGUGUUGGGCGCCACAGCACAUUCCUCUCCAUCACGGCCUGGCAGGUCGCACCAUGCAACUGUACCUGUGGAGAUGGAGACUAACGCAGGGCGACCCACGACACUGCUGCCUCGGCUGCCACGAGACAGAUCAGAACCACGCCACUUGAAUACUCUCAGGAAUAAGGAAUCUCUUCUUCGGACUCGCAGGCUAUCAGGAGAUAGUGACUCUUCUACAGCCUCGUCUAAAGGUGGAGGAGGAAGCCCAGGAGGAGGUCGCUUCUCUCUGGGUACACGGCAUGCUCAUAGAGAUGACGUGGUUCUACUGGUGAACCGUAAGGAAGGGAAACACCUUAUUGAGCGUCCUGGAGCGGGAGCACAGAUUCCAGCCCUGAGAACCCCUCAGACCCGUGCCCGUAGUGUUUCCAGAGAGCGCCCUGCACCACAGUCCACCUCAGUCUUGAAACCUACUCCACCACAGGUCCCAACAGAGGUACAUCGAACUCCCCGCACAGAAAGAGGCAGAUCACUGGGACCCGAAGGCCCUAGGAAGCUGCUAGCUCCACGCUCCCUCAGCCAGGGCAAGACUCCUAGAGGCCGAUUGGGUGACAUCAGCCCUGGAUCAUCACCUCGCCGCAGAGACCCUCAUUCUCUUUCAGUAGAUCGGAGAGAGGAACUAAGAACCAAGCACAUGCCCGCAGCAAGCUCAAAAACAAAUGGAAGUUUGCCCAGAAGGCAAGCAUCUUCCUCAGCCUCUAACUCAUCUGUGAAAUGCUGUGCCAGCGGUAGUCCUGCGAAAAAGGGGAUGGUAGCGCCACACCCCCCUGCACCUUUGUCGCCUUCCACUGGCAGUCGAAAGUUGCUUCCUCCUGUCACACAGCCAGGGCGCCCCUCUUCGCAUUCUUCCCCUCGAUCAAGUCAUCACCACCCACCACGUUCCCCUCGAUCUGCACACAAUUCUCGACCCACAGGGAGAGACCAAAAAGGUUGGGCAAAUCCCUACAACCAGCAGCAGGAGAGCCAGGAAGACAGUCGUAUUUUUAGUUUACACCUGCUGGCAAGUCUGGACCCUCAAAAGGAGCAAGACCUAUAUCGCAGCUUUGAAGCUGAGUUUCUGGCCAACACGCAACAAACCAAAUCUGUGCAGGGUAAAGCAUCCACUGGAAGGGAAAUGAGGUCGCUACAGCCCCCUGGCUCCCAACAAGGUUUAGGGGUGUUCCCAACCUCUUCAGGUGACACUAAUGUUACAGACUCGGCUUACUCUUCUUCUAACUCUUCAACAUCUUCUCUAAAUGUCGGAGGUAAGGCGGGAAUCCUGCCAGAUUUGCGAGAGUCUAAACGGACUAAUCCUCGCACCUGUGCACUUGAGGACCCUCCUGCUCUGCUCCACAGCCAGAUUCGUGGCGGUCUCCCCAAUGGAGGGCUUUUGGAGGGAGAGCAAUGGGGAGGUAAAGGAGGAGGUCUUCGUAAGCUCCCUGCCAUCUCCAGCUCCACAGAGGAAGGAGUGGCCUCAAAUCCAGGCCUAUCCAGGUCAGUGUGCCUCCCCAAAAACAUCAACGGGAGCCUCCCUUUGACGGAGGUGCCUGAUGAGAGCCACCAGGACCUGGUGGAAUGGGAUGGGGUGGAGAGAGACUUACCACAAAGAACCGAACAUCACCGAGAUCUGCCAUAUGACAAUGCUGACCUGCCACUUCCUGAGACAUUUCCCUCCCCUCCACCACCUCUAGAUGACUGUUCUUACCAGGACUCUUCCAGUGAGAGCUCCUCCAUGUGCUUGAGUCUGAGUGAGCCUCCAUCUGAAGGGUCCUGCACUCCUCCUCUAUCGCUGGCCAAUGGGGAUACAGAUGACGCAGUCGUCCUCCAUGCCAAGAAAGGUCAAAAGAAGGCAGAGAGGGUGCCCUCCAUCUACAAGCUCAAGCUACAGCCACCGAUAAGACCCCGCACUGACAACAGACCCGAGAACAGCCCGUCACGCAUCCCUACACCUGUACGAUACAGAAAUCAUUGUCAGCAGUCUCCUGCCAAUUCGUCUCCCCUCCAGACCCCACCAAAGUCCCCACAUUUAAACAAUCACCAACCCUCACACAAAGCUCUGCAUCAGGCCUUUGCUGAGCUCAUCCAACCACAGCCGCGUUCCCCAGCUCUGGGCUCUAGAGAGUGUGCCUAUUCUUCAGAGUCCAGCCUAGACAAUGAGGCCUGGAUGUAAUGAAUGAUGAUGUACACAGGCAACUGACUUGGUCUGUAUUCAUUCGCUCAGCCUAUACAGCUUUAUAGUCAGAUUAGAGAAAGGAGUGAUGAAAAAAAUACACAUUUGUAAGACGUGUACAACAUGUAGCAGGAUGCUGGAAUCCUUGCUGUCAUUUCACUGGAGACAUAAAUGUAUCCUAAAGUGGCUAAGAACAUACAACGCCAUUCUUGACAUCUUGGAACAACAUAGCCUGUUGUGAAGUAAAUCUUAGAGCUACUGUACAUGCACCAUCUGAGCUAUGUUUAUUUUGUUUGAGUCAUCAUUUUUCCUUAGAUUUUUUUUCUGUUUGAGAAAGGAAAUUACUGCAUUUCCCUUUAUAGAUUUAUAGGUUUUAAUGCUCCUUUUUAAUAUCCACAUGACCUGUUUUUGAAUUUAUUCCACAAGGACAAAUUUUAGCUGGUUUAGUGAAGUAUUAAUUUUUUUAAGAUUGGAACGAUGUGGACAAAUCUUAUUUCAAUCAGGUAAUUGUAAUAUACAGAGUAUACUGUAUACUGGAGAAAAAGAGGUGUAGAAUCAGUAAAGCAAAUAAGAUGCUGGAAUCAUUUUGGUGUAGUUUUAUGUGCAAGACUAACGCCUAAAUUACGUUUUGACCACACUUCCAUGUGAAAUCCAAAUUAUUGAAAUUGGAAAUGCAGUUAAGUGGCUGUACUGUUGUUUUAGCCCAGAAUAAAUAGGACAGCAUAUCAGCUUGUUGAAUCAGUUCGAGGAAACGUUUAUGAGAAGACAUAAUUCACACAUUAUCUGCUUAAUAUCACCUUGGCAGAGAUAGAAAUGUUGUAUUUGUUUAUUGUUUUCUGUACAAAUUAUGGUUAAUGUAUAGGUUUAUAUGUAAAAUAUGUUAAUUUGCUUAAAUGUGUCCUAGUGUAAUGUAAAUAUAAUUAUUAUUAAUUGACUUUAAUAUUAAUGUACAAAAGAUAUGCUGUUUUUUCAGUAUGGUAAUUCUGCCUUAGCUAUGCAAUGUUGCUAUUGAAUAUUGCCUUGACAAAUUUUCUUGCCUUAAAGUAAGGAUGAGAAGUUGUGUUUGCGAAGUAGAGAUGAAGAGAUGGCGUGUGUAUGUCUCUGGGUGGUUCAGUCUGAGUGUGUGAGGUAGGGAAUGUUAUACUGGAUGGAUCCUGUGUUUUAUAAACUGUGAGACAAUCGCACAUGUUUAAGGUCACGGUAACAACAAGAUCCUGCUUUAUCAGCGUUCCUCUGUUUAAAGUCUCUAUUUAAAGUAAAUUGCUUGAUUUAUCUACAAAUGAGAAAUGAAGGACAUAAGAUAGUGCCAUAUUAAACACCAAUAGGAUGUUUUUCAAAAUAUGGAAAUCACUACAAACUGUGUAUAGAUAAGGAAAUCAUUCAGGAAACCAGGCCUGGUUAUUGUGAAAGCCAUACGGAGUCCAAAACUGCUUAGAAAGUAGUGAUAUUCUCCACUGUCGUCGUCAUCAGCAGAGUAGACGUUACAUUUCUUUUAAAGCUUUAUUAUGGCUCCACCAAGUGGUUGAAUUUAAAAAAAAAAGCUGAUUGGUACUGGUGAUGUUUGUAUGACUUGAAAGUAUAAUAGGAAAGUUUGACUUGAGUGGGUGAUUAUGAUUUUUUUUAUUUUUUUUUAUUUUUUAUUUUUAUUUUUCCAAACACAUCUAGUAGACCAUUGCAUAAAAUAGGGGAAACCAUUGACUCACCUUAAAUGAAUUACACUACACACAUAUUGGUUUGGCAGUUGAUUGAUUAUUUAUAUUAAAUGAGUAAGUUAUUAGGCCUUGGUGAUUGGUUGUGGGUGAACUGUUUUAUUAAAAAGGGACAAUGUUGUAUGUUUCUGAAUUAAUGGAUGAAAUGUUUGCUUUUGGUAUGUUCUCUUUUGGAGGCUUUAUACAGUACUGCCAUGUAUCUAUGAGCUCAAGUGUUUUAUUGAGAGAUGUUCUGAUGUUUUAGUGAAUCAAAAAAUGGGUCAGAAAAAGUGAGGGAGACUUUAUGGAAAUGGAUUUCAGUGUUCUUUAUUUUUUUGCCUCAAGGACUGCAACCAUAGGAUUAUUACUGUUAGCAUGGCCAUUAACACUCCACAACACCUCUUGUAUAAAAACUGCAAUACAGUGGAUCACUACACAUUGCUUCUAUGUUCAUUGCCAUUUAAACAUCUGUUGUGAAACUUUAGGACAUUGUUCAAUUUCUCACAUAUGUAUAAAUAAGGACAAAGUAAAGCUUUCUGCUGUCUUUCAAACAAAUUAAUGGUUGCCGUGCCUAAUUCUCAAUUUAGUCAAACACACGUAAACACACUACACAUUCAGUUAUCAUUACAGUAUCUAUUUAACUGCCAUACAUUUGUAUGCCACACUCAUUUUGAGCUCCAGUCAUAUUUAUUCUGUUCUGCUUUCCAAAAAGAGAAAGAUGUUUCUUUUCUGUGAUGACGUUGACUAUGCGUUUAUAAUCACAUUUAUACAUUUAAAAAAGUUAUUUAUUGCAUGGAUGGGUUGUGUUUUUUAUUCAUUAUUGAUAUCAGAACUAUAAGCAUGUAGAUUCACAUGUUUUAUUUACUUGAGCAAACCUAUCUGAUUUGCAUUACGCAAAUAUGAUGUUCAGAUGUGAUCUACAAAAUGCAUGUUGAAUCUGUCAUGCUCUGGUUUCAGUAAAUGAAAAGGCUGUUGGAUGAUUUGAAAUCUGAAUGUGUAUUGAUUUACUUUUAAUGUCAGCAGUUCAUUUGGCUGAUUGUUUUUCUUUAAUGUUGACAGUGAAAUGUAAGGUCUUGACAUUGUGGAAUUUGUCUUUGUUGAAUAGCAAUAUCGCAAGACCAACAUUCCACUGUUCCUUGAAAACCAAUUGCUGUUAAUUUAAUUCUUGUAAUAAAAAAUGUUUUGGA